AUGCCCUCCUCUGUGCAUGGCUAUCUGACCGGACGGGACGACGACCUCGUAGGCUGUGGAACUGGUCUUCUUGCUUCAGCUGGUGAAGGCUUGAGCACACCUGAUGCCGGCUACUCUCCGUCUGGCUAUGCCUAUCCAAGCCUCGGGUAUUCUGGAGUAGGACACUCCGGAAUCCCAACGGAUUACUUGCAGAUUCCAGGAUUUCCCGAGGCCCACAACUACUCUGGCCUACCGAUGCCUCAUGCACAGGCCUCUAUGCAUCACGGUCCUCCUCCCCCUCCUCCGCCUCUACUCAAUUCGAAUCACCACCCACAUUCACAGCACUUACACAAUCAUCAUCCACAACAACACUUCCAUCAUCAUCAACAACAACAACAGCUGGUACUCAGUCUGGAUGAAAAACGUGACCCAAGGGAGCCUUCGGGCGUCCCGUGUUUGGAUGCCAGUCAAUCAGGUUUUGGCCUAAACGAACUGGUGGGUCAGCCUGCUUCUCUCAGCGAGGCCUAUCCUACACCCGUUCCAUCCAUUCACGGUUACCCAGGCAGCCCGUCGAGCCUGACUCUUCCUCGGGCAUCGUCUUCAGGACCAUCAACUCCGGGCUCAUCACAUCUUCACUCGGCCGGCUAUCAGGCUGGAAUGGCGGCGGCAGCUGCAGCCGCCGCAGGAGCAGCAAUGCAUGCAGCGCUGAGCGCUCGUCUUGACAACAUGAACACUGGCUGCCUAGGCGGUAAGCAGAAACGAGGUGUCCUGCCGAAACGGGCCACGCAGAUUAUGAAACAUUGGCUCUUCCAGCACUUGGUGGUAAGUUCUUGUAAAUACACAUUAUUUGAAUCGCAGACAUGA